AUGUCGAAUCCUUUAUCAUUUUAUGUUCACGUUUUCACCUUUGAAUUUAUGAAUGUUGACACUGAACUCCAUAGUUUCAGAAGACUCAGCCGAGUGACGUCCAAAGGACAGAAUAUUAAUUAUAAAAUUUCUUCCUCUUCUUCUUCGUCCGAAGAAGAUGGUAGACCAAAAAAUCCAGGAUCUUCUGAAAAAAGAUUGAAGUCUGAAAAAUCAAGAGAUGGUAAAAUACAAGAUUAUUGGGGUAGUUCUAGUUCAUCAUCACAAACCAGUAAAAAUACUUCUUCGCAACCUGAACUAUCAGACGAUCAAGGGCGACAUUCUUCUUCAAAAGUCGCAUCAUCUAAAAAAAGUAAAUAUUUCAUUAAUCCAAAUGAUUGCAUAAUUAAGGACAGAUAUUCCAAAAGAACUAGAACUAUAAAAAACUACAAUGAGGAUGAGUUAGAUAAACAGCUUGGCCUUGAAGCGGAUUAUAACGACGAAGAGGGUGAUGAUUCUCAAUUUUAUGAAAACCCACAACCGGAAGAAGAGGAGCAUAAUAUUGAGAGUGUACAUGACAUUAAAAGAAUAGAAGGAGGGGAUGGUUCCAAGAAUUCAGAUGACCCUAAAACAAACAUGGUAUUUCUAAUAAAAUGGAAAGGAUGGAGCCAUCUGCAUAAUACUUGGGAAACUUUUGAAAACUGCCAUGGUUUAAAAGGCUUCAAAAAAUUGGAAAACUAUGUCAAAAAUUAUUUGUCCGAACAAUAUUUGUUGAAUGAAAGUCCUGAAGACAAGGAAAAUAUUGAUGUUAAUGUGGAAAUGUCUAGAGAAAUGUUAAAGGAUUACAAGACAGUCGAAAGAAUUAUAUCUAAAAGAAUUGCACCUCGUAUUGAAGAUAACCGUCCUGGAGUUGAAUAUUUAUGCAAAUUCAAACGUUUGCCAUAUCAGGAUUGUACUUGGGAACCAGUUAACCUCAUUCAAAACGAAUUUCGAUCUGAAAUUGUCGCAUAUAAUCAUCGUAAUGUCAACCAACGUAUCCCUCAUAAAAGCAGCCUUUUGUCAAAACAUAGGCCAAACUUUAAACCAAUGACACAACAACCUUCUUACUUGAGUGUCCAAGCAAUCUCCUUCUUAUCUUAUCUGUAUCAUUCUUUGCAUCAGUAUGGUCCUUAUUUGAUAGUGGUUCCACUAUCAACAAUUGGCUCUUGGCAAAAUGAAUUUCAAAUUUGGGCACCUGAUCUUAAUGUCAUCUAUUAUACUGGACCUUCUCAAAGUCGUGAAGUAAUAAGAGAACAUGAAUUUUUUGUUCCAUAUUCAUCAUCAAAAAAAUUAAAAUUCAAUGCCUUGGUGACAACUUAUGAAUUCAUUCUUAAGGAUCGUAAAGAACUAGGAAAUAUUAAAUGGCAAUAUUUGGCAGUUGAUGAAGCGCAUCGAUUGAAAAACAGCGAAUCACAACUCCAUGAAGUAUUGUCUACUUUUCAUACAUCUAAUCGACUUUUAAUAACAGGCACACCAUUGCAGAAUUCAGUUAAAGAAUUAUGUGCAUUGGUUAAUUUUCUUAUGCCUAAUUUUUUAAUCGCUUCUGACAUUGACAUUGAUGCACCUGAUGAGGAACAGGAAAUAAAAAUUCGUGAACUUCAUAAAAGUCUUGAACCCCAUAUGCUUAGGCGACUAAAGAAAGAUGUAGAAAAAUCACUUCCACAAAAGACUGAAAGAAUACUUAGAGUUGGUCUCUCACCAUUACAAACGCAUUAUUAUAAAAAUAUUCUUACCAAAAAUUUUAAUGUACUUAAUGAAGGUGUUACCGGCUCUUCACAAAUGAGUUUAUUAAAUAUUGCUAUUGAAUUGAAAAAAGCUAGUAAUCAUCCAUUCUUAUUUCCUAAUGCUGAAUCUCCAACCAAUACUAGAGAAGAUCAACUACGAGGUUUAAUCAUGAGUAGUGGGAAAAUGGUGUUACUAGACAAAUUGCUCACCAGAUUAAAGGAAUCUAAUCAUCGUGUUCUUAUAUUUUCUCAGAUGGUCCGUUUGUUAGAUAUCUUGACAGAUUAUUUGAGGUUACGUGGAUAUCAACAUCAACAUUGGAACCCACAAAAUGAUCUCCAAGCAAUGGCAAGAGCACAUCGAAUUGGUCAAAAAAAUCAUGUAAAUGUUUAUCGAUUUGUGACAAAAGAUACUAUGGAAGAAAGCAUCCUUGAACGUGCAAAGCGUAAGAUGGUUUUGGAGUAUUGUAUUAUCAAACAAAUGGACACGUCUGGUAAAAGCAUUUUGCAGAGAAAUACCAAGACUGCCACUAAAGCAUCAGACAAUUUUAGUCGUGAAGAAUUAUCGGCAAUAUUAAAAUUUGGUGCUCAAAAUAUGUUCAAAGAAAGUGAUAACACUAAAAAGCUUGAUGAUAUAGAUCUUGAUGACAUACUUGCGCGUGCUGAAACUCAUGACACUAUUGGGGAUCAGGGUAGUAGUAGCUUUGGUGGCGAAGAGUUCCUAAAACAAUUUCAAGUUGCAGAUUUUGGUGGUGGGGAUUUAAGCUGGGAUGAAAUAAUUCCAAAAGACGAAAUAUAUAAACUUUCAUCAAGUCAGCAAUCUUCUAUUUCAAUUGAAGAAGAAGAAGAGCAAUAUAAAUUGGGAAUGAAACGAAGGAAUACAAGCGCAAGUUCAAGUUUUGUUUCUGAUGAUUACCUUGGUUCAGAAUGUAGUGAUAAACAUCCAAAAACAACUAAAAAAACUAACAACAAAAAAGGUGCAAAUGAUGCAGAAAAAUCAAGAUCACAAUCAGAUGUUGAUGAAUCUGACAGUAACCAAUCUUCCAUAAAACGUGUCUCGUCCAGUUCAGGCAAGGAGUUAAGUCUAAAAGAAAUUAGAGCACUAAUUAGAGCAGUAAUGAAAUUUGGUGAUAUAAAUCAACGUUAUGAUGACAUAGUUGCAGAUGCCAAAUUGACAGGAAAAAGUAAAGAAAAUUUGAUAAGGAUAUAUAACGAGCUAUUUGAUACUUGUGAAUCUGCAAUAAGAUCUCACGAAGAUUUGAAUGACUCGCAUUCAAACUCUCGUGGGAGAGCGAUCAUGACUUCUUAUAGAGGAAUUGAGAAAAUUAAUGCUGGCUCGUUUAUACAAAGAAUUAUUGACCUCAGAGCAGUUAACAGUCUUGAAGCAAUAAAUGACCCAUCACGCUUUACAAUCAGUUUUUCCCCAAAGCCUGUAGGUAGUUGGUUCACAGAAUGGGGUCAAGAGGAAGAUUCCUUACUUAUCUCAGGAAUAUAUAAACAUGGAUUUGGAAACUGGCGUGCUGUUCGUGAAGAUUCAGAUUUAGGCCUUAGAGAAAAGCUAUCCGUUGAUGAGGAUGAUGCUUCUCUACGAACCUCCAAUAUAGCAAAGGUAGUUCGCAGAGCGGAAUAUUUACUGAAGGUGAUUAGAGAAUGGACUCGUAAAUUUAAGACUCAAAAUGACAUUAAAGGUAAAAAGGUAGUAACCAAGUCUUCGACUGAGGAUGAACCCAAUGAAGAGUCAAUAAACCGUAUAUGCAAAGAACUGUUGCGUCCAGUUAAAGAUAGUCUCCAAUGGCUAAAAAAAGAAUCAAUAAAAUAUGAGGGAAAAGAAAAGGCCAGAUUGAUUAAAGAGCACAUGAAAAAAAUCGGAUCUAGAAUUGAAGGAAUCCUUUUUGAAAGGUCUGUCGGGGAACGAGAAGAGUGCAAACAUAAUCUAUGGAGAUUUGUUACUUAUUUUUGGCCACGUGAAGUUGAUGCAGAUAAAUUGAUUGUUUUAUAUCACAAACUUAUUGCUGCUGAAUCAGAAAAGAAUUAG